GCCAUUUCUCUAAAAACGCAUUUGAAAAAACAAAAUGUCGAGCCGUUUUGUCAACUUUAUGAGCGCGACUCGCAGUAGCGAUGCUCGUAAAGCCACAAGCACCACUGCAGCGCCAGCCCGUGCCGGAGCGCCUUCUAAAGUGUCAUCCUCUUCCGCAACCGGCAGAAGUGGGACUAUUGUUUCAAACGCACAACCGACACCCGCAUUGCCUGGUCGUCACCACGUCCCCAGCCAACCAGUCUCCAAUUUGCACAAGCCCGCGCAACGUACUGCUGUUCCGCCUGCACAGCAACCCAAGGGACGCCUGCUUGGGCAAGCGGCUGCUCGGCGGGCAAACAGUAGCGCCGUUGGCCCAGCCUCUGCGUGCGGAUCGGAUCAAAGCUUCCUGUCGACAUCAAGUGCAGCAGCACCUGCACCACGAACAAGUCAGGCAUCUGCUGCACUGCCAAAGCCGGCACCAAACUUGGCUCUGCUUGCUGCGCGAGAGCAGCGACAGAACGCUGAAAAUCAGAGUGAAACCCUGAACAUUACCACUCACGACCAAAGCUUUGACGCUCAUGAUUUCGAUGUGAGCGUGCGCCCAGACAGGAAUCGCGUAUCCAACAUUUCGCAAGUCUCGAUUGAUAGUCUGGCCAUGCCAUCGCCGCCUCAAACAACAGCCUUCAUGAAGGCGUCAAUGACAGCCCUCAACCCAAGUUCACCUGCAGACCGAAUGAGCAACGAGUCUCCAGCAAUGCUUGGCACCCCACCCAAGACGCCUCUGUUGCGCGCACGCUCUGCGCGGGUGGCCCAGACGAUUCCCACCGGAAUGGCAGCAAGCUAUAGCAAUCAAGACAGCGAUGGCAACUCGCCAGAUUCCGUACCCUCUGGUCCUCAUGACAUGGAGAGUCCGGACUGGACGUUCUCUAGCCCGACAGUCGUCCCGAUGAUCAUGCCUGGUCAGUUCAGCAUUGUCGACGCUCGCAACGUUGCAUCCAACUUGGAUUUGGACAUGUCCCCUCUUCAAGUCCAGUCCGUCGUGGUUUUGCGACCAGAGAGCCUCGACACGGAAACUCGCUCUGCCGUCCGCUCGGACAAUGCUGUUGUGGACACUGUGCCUUCGGAGGAAAUCUCGACUGGAGGUAGCAGUGAAGACGAGACGGUUUCCGGCGCGGUGGCCGUCUGGACGAUCGAAGACCCAACAGUGACUAUGCGACUGCCCUGCCUGCCUGCUGCGGUUCCAGACCCGGUCAAGCCCAAGGGCGUACUCGCACCAACAGGAACCGAUCUCAACAUGACCGUGUUCGCAGACGUGGUUGAAUCCGAUGACGAGCAAGACGAAAAGCCUACUGUCGAGACACGCACGCGCUUUGAGCUCGGUAGUUUCCCAGUCAUGUUCCGAACCGGCAAAGGCUCGGAGCAGAUUACUAGUCUAUACCGUUUGCUGGAAGAGACAGACGGCCCUCUGACAAUUGAUAGCCUUUGCACCAAGCUCGAGUUUACGCGCGAGCGAGUGGCGUUGUUGGUUGAUGUGCUGCAUUCGCGCAAGUUGGUGGUGCGCAUGCGAUCGGCAGGCGGUCGAGAGGCGUUCCGACUUGUGUGAUUGUUUCGCGUGAUUGGGAGCUUGUUGAACGAUUUCAUGUGUUGCUUGCGGG